CCUGCACUGUCCGCCGUAGCUCGUAUCACCGAAACUUCAUCUCCAAUUGGCUACUGGCAAUUCUCAUUUCUCUUCAUUUUCCUGCUGCUCGUAGCUCGUGCACACCAUCUGAACUCUAAGCUCACGGAUUUUAGUGUUCGAACCAAUUUUGGACUUUCUUGAAUAUUCAAAGAACUCCACUAAAGAUAUUAAUAAAGAUGGCUCCUCCUUCAUACAGUGAUCUCGGCAAAGCCGCACGCGACGUAUUCAAUUCCGGUUAUGUGUUUGACGUGCUCAAGUUAGACCUAAAAACCAACCAAAACGUGGAAAUCAAAGCUGGUGGUACUCAGCAUUUGGCUUCGGGCGCUGUAAAUGCCAAUUUGGAAACUAAAUACGUGAUCAACAAAUCUAAAUACUUAUUUACAUUGGUUGAGAAAUGGAACACAAAUGAUGUUAUGACCACCGAAGCUUCUAUAAGUGGCUUGUUACCUGGUGUCAAACUUACAACUGAUGGUACAUUUGACCGCAAGAAACAAUCUAAGGCUGUGAGAGUGAAGUCUGAAUACAAAAAUGAUUAUGUCUCGCUCAACUUGGACACUGAAUUCAAAGCACUGAAACCUAUCAUAAAUGCCUCUGCUGUAGUUGCUUACAAUGGAUGGUUGGGAGGUUUCAAUGUCAAAUAUAACACUGGCGAUAAGGAAUUACAAUCUAACAAUCUUGCUCUCAGCUAUGUAGCUAAGCAAUUUGUGUUUACCACCACUGUAAAUGAUAAUAAAUUAUUUGGCGGCUCGGUUUUCCAAAAAUUAUCUGAUAAAUUGGAUUUGGGAUUGCAAGUUUCUUGGUCAUCUGAAAGCAAUGAUUCUUCACUUGCUGUGGGUUCUCAGUAUCAACUAAACCAAGACGUUAAGUUGCGCGCCAAGAUUAACAACAAGAGUCAAUUGUGCAUAGGCUCUGGCAUUAAAGUCAAAGAAGGUGUAACAUUGACAUUGGCCAGCUUAUUGGAAUGUCGUCAAUUCAACCAAGGCGGUCAUAAAUUUGGUAUUGGCUUAGAACUUGCUUUGUAAGCAAUACACAUGCCAAACUUAUUUGUACGUUAUGUAGACAAAAUGUAUUGUCAGUAAACGUAGGAUUAUUAAACAUAAUCAUAAGAGUAUUUUUACUACAUUAAAUAAUUCAGUGUGUAUUUGUUUAAAAUUAAUUAGGAAAAAUAUAAUUUAUAUCAGUUGCUCUCGUUAUAA